UCUCGUCUGCCAAAACACGAGUGAGUUAGAGUGGUGUCCCUUACUAAAACAACCAUGGCCACCGUACACGUGCAGGAUGGUAGUUCCUCGGAUAACACCGAAGACAGCGAUCAAUAUGGCAGCAAUGACGAGGAAGACAGUGAUUCUGAAACCAGUCUUAAGGACAAUGCAGCAGACGAAGACCACAAUGACGAAGGAAGACAGUGGUUCUGAAAUCAGUCUUAAUGACGAUGCAGCAGACGAAGACCAAUCUGAAAAAAGUGGUCUUGCUAAUGUCAUGGCAAAAAUUCUCAGCAAAUCAACACCAGAGAAGAAGUCUGUGAUUCUUUGUCGUGGUAAAACAGACAGAGAAAUACAGAAGAAAAAACGAUCGAAAGGCAAUGAAGACAGCCGAAGUCAAAUGUGUCAGAUUCUGAUGAAAGUUUUAGUGAUGAUCCAGAAGCUAGGAAAAAAGCUGCCAAAAAAAGAAUUGGGAGAGAUAGCACGAAAGAAGCCUGAUGCACUGGACAAGGAAAAAGAAAGAAAUCUGACCAAAAUAGCCACAAGGGGUGUCGUACACGUGUUCAAUGCUGUCAACCAGAGACAGAAACAGCUAGAACAGCAGCUUGGAGAAGCAGGGUCCUCCGAACGACGCAGAGAUAAAGUCCUAUCUUCCAUGACCAAGAAGAGCUUCCUUGAUCUCCUCGAUCAGACAAAGACAGAUAGAACCUGUACAGAAGAUUCAGAAACAUGGAAUAUCUUACGAGAUGAUUACAUGAUGGGUGCAAAAAUGAAAGACUGGGAUAAGGCAGAUAGUGAUGAUGAACCAAGCAAGAGCAUGGACACACAGCGUGUAUCAGACAGUAGAUAAAACAUUUGACUUGCAUG